AUGGCAGAGUUUAAAAACUUAUCAGAUUUAACAACAAACCUUUCCCCCGAACAAGAUUUUAUUAGUUGCUUUGAAAAACUUCGUUGGAAUGACAAAAUAAUCUCUCCUUUCGACCCUAACUCCAAGGCUACGCCGUGGGUUUUUUGUCCUAUUUUUGAAACUGCAUUGAAAAACAGUGUAGAAAUAGACAAAACCUUUAUCGGAGGGAAGAACAAGAAUAGACAUUGGGAUAAAAAGGUUCCUCACUCCCAAGGUAGAAGUUGA